AUGUCCCAACAUCAGUCUGACAUUUUUACCACCCUACCAUGGCACAUCCUGGAGGCCAUUCUUGAAAAACUGGAAGACCUUUCGUCUCUCCAUAGCAUAUAUCGAGCAUCACCGGCGGUAUUUUCUCUCCUGCACGAAGAUGGCACCGCACGCCGAAUCAUCCAGAGAAUCAUGGAUUCCAGUAUGCCAGCCGAGACUCGAGUCUUGAUUUGCAAGUUCGCCUGUUUGCGAUGGAACGCCCGUCUUGUGGCCGACAUGGAUUCGUUUAUUGAGCAGUACGUCAACAACGACAAGUAUACCAAUCUACCACGGGAGCUUCCACUGGGAACUCUUUGCGACAUUCUGGCUGCAUCAGCCACCAUCCACUACUUAGCUCACGCCGGUAUUCACGAGAUGAUCGACCGCUGUAUGGCAUUGGAGUUCUUCCACACGAAAAAUGAAGAUCUGAAAUACAUGCGCGGGUUUGGUCGACACCCAACCGGGCCGCGGGAGAGAAUGUACCAGGAAGAUGUAGGUGCACCAUCUGCAGUUGAAGAGCAGAGGGUGAUUCGGGCUCUUUGGUCGGUUUUUCUGACAUGGGAGCUUCGUGACGCGGUCUACGGCCUAAGCCCUCGUUUGAAUUGGUCCGCGGAUGAAGUACAAAAGCUCCAGAAUCUACACACAGAAAAUAUCUGGCACUGUGAGCAAACAUGGAAAGGCCACGUUUCCGGCCAGCUUAUGGAGGAAGCUCGGACCAUGGUCGAGUGGUGCAGCUGUCUAUUCCCGACCUUGCCAUGUCCGGUGGAAAGAUAUCAUGCCGCGAAAGCACUCGCACGGAGGGCACAGUGGCAGUAUCAAUGCAACUGUCCUCCUCCUCGCGCUAUCGACAUUGGAAAAAGGGAUGAUGAGAUCACCUCUGAAGCACUGAGCUAUAAAUUCGUGACUAGACGAUUAGCUACACAUUGCAUAUCACCGCUUCUACACGUGAGCUUCCGGGUCUUCCGCUGCUUUGGCUUUGUUUUCUGGGACCAGGAACGCAUGGCGGCGCUGGGUCUCCUGCCCUCACGGGACGGUUCUCCCGCGUUGCCUCAGGCCCCGAGGUCCGAAUUAGAUAUGUAUGCGCGGUGGGUGAGUAUUCUCAACGCGGACGAGUUGGAUGAAAUUGAGGAGAGAAAAGAGCACUUUGUGCCGGGAACGGAAAGACCUGUUUGUGGAAUCUAG